AUGAUGGAACAGGCCAUCUCCUUCACCAAGGACUUCCUGGCCGGAGGCAUCGCCAUUGCCAUUUCCAAGAUGGCCAUGGCCUCAAUUGAGCAGAUCAAGCUGCUGCUGCAGGUGCAACAUGCCAGCAAGCAGAUUGCAGCUGACAAGCAGUACAAGGGCUUGGUGGAAUGCAUCAUGGGUAUCCCCAAGGAGAAGGGUGUGCUGUCCUUCUGGAGGGGCAACCAGGCCAAUGUCAUCUGUUACUUUGCCAUGCAAGCUCUCAACUUUGCCUUCAAGGGUAAGUGCAAGCAGGUCUUCCUGGGGUGGGGGUGGGGGUGUGUGGACAAGCACACACAGUUCUGGAGGUAUUUUGUUGGCAUCGUGGCAUCUGGUGGUGUGGCAGGAGCCACCUCACUCUGCUUCAUCUACCUUGUGGAUUUUGCCAGAACACGUCUGGUGGCUAAUGUGGAGAAAUUGGGCACCAAGUGGGAGUAUAAGAGCCUGGGGGACUGUCUGGUGAUGAUCACUAAGUCCGAUGGCCUCUGGGCCCUGUACCAGUGCUUCAACCUGUCCUUGCUGGGUAUAAUCAUCUAUUGGGCCACCUACUUUGGCAUGUAUUACACUGCCAAAGGCAUGCCCCCAGACCCUAAGAACACCCACAUUGUGGUGAGCUGGACGAUUGUCCAGGUGGUGAUUGCCAUGGCUGGCAUAGUGUCUUACCCCUUUGACACCGUUAGGCAGCACAUGAUGACGCAGUUGGGGCACAAAAGAGUGGACAUCAGGUACCAAGGGACCAUGGACUGCAGGUGGAAGAUCUUCAAGGACAAGGGUGGCAAAGCCUUCUUCAAAAGCGCCUGGUCCAACAUCCUCAGGGGCAUGGGCAGCUUUUUAGUACUGGUUCUGUACAACGAGCUGAAGAAGGUCAUCUAG